CUAUGCCUCUAUUUCCCUGCCGGAGGGAAUAACAGGAUGGCUUCGUGUCCACUACCUCCAUCCUCCCCUGCACCGCAUCCACACAGUCCAACAUGGCCAGCGUCGCGCAGCAAGUUGUCUUCCACCCUACGGUCUCGCAGACUCUGAAGCUUUGGAGCACAACUGUGGGGAGGGACAAGACUUACCGUGCGGUUCAAUAUUUCGCGCGUCUCCUUGCAUGGCUGCUGCUCUCUAGGGGACAGAAAAUCGAGGCCGCAAGAUGGAAUGCAAUCAAGAACCACCUUGCCUUGGGCAGGAAGCUCAUGAGACUUGGCAAGCCUUGGGAACAUCUGCAGAACGCGAUGCGCGCCGCCCAGCGAAUCGAUCUCCCUGCCACGGAAACCAUCACUACCAUGGGCCGCCAAGUCGCCUACUUCGGUUACCUGACGAACGACAUGUUUGUCUGGGCUAACAACAUCAAGUUUUACAACUUGAAGCCCAGUACUGCUGCACGCGUCAACAAGCACGCAAAUCGGUUCUGGCUUGCAGGGAUCCUGCUUAGCAUCACUUUCGGACUAUUGAAGGCUGGACGUUUGGCUAAUGAAGCUAAGCAGCUGCAAAGUUCCGUGUGGUCUGAGAAGGGGGCAGAGGUCGAACGGGAAACAAAGCUGCGGGCGAACUUGGCUGCCAGAGCAGAGACACGUUUCCAAUUCAUUGUCGACCUCUUGGACGUCUGGAUUCCCGCCACGAACCUUGGUCUCGUCACCUUGAACGACGGCAUUGUCGGAAUGUUUGGAUUCGUCUCGUCACUUAUGACGCUGCGUCAACAGUGGCUUGCUGUGAACGGAAAGAAAUAAGCAGCAUUCUGAAACUUAGUGAAAGUGAAAUGCGGUUUUCCGAGUUGUAUUGCUGUCGUGCUUUUUUAACUCUGGUUACUUCGAACGGAUGGGUAUUGAUAUUCUUUCUUACAUGAACUUACGGAGUGCCUGAUCCAACGGUGGAAACUGACUUCAUCUCUAUGACGAAGUAUUCUUGGUGUUUUGAAGAUGCUUCAGGUGCAAGUACUCUUCACGGACGACUGCCAGACGCUCCGGACCAUUACUGUUGUUUAUUGACAUGUCAGAAGAAGCUUAAUGCUACUGAGCAUGCGAACGUACUGAAUCGCCAUACACUCUUGCACUGCUUUAUAUCUAUCUCUGCAUGCCCAAGCAACAGAUACAGUACGGCCAGUCGCGCAUUCUGCGAACGCUAUUGCGCCAA